AUGAAUGAGGAGCACAUACCUGGAACACUUGGUGGCAGGUCAAUAUUUUGGUGUCCAGAUGGAGAAGGCUAUUUACCGUACUGCCCUCAGCCAACUGAUCCUGACGAUUACAAUUAUUGCUGUCUAUACUCACAGUAUGCUUUCGACAGACCAACUUGUUGUCGGUAUGCACUUUCAACCGGUCUCGUUAUUGCACUCGUUCUGUCGGGUGUUGUCGCUACACUAGCGUUCUCAAGAAGAAUACUUAAAAGUGGAAGCUUGGAACGGAUUUUUUUCUACAGAGCACUAGUGAAUAGCAUGGAUGAACAUAUAGCUGAUACGCUAUCUGGACGUCGAAUCUACUGGUGCCCGGGAGGAAACGGUUUUGCUGCGUAUUGCCCAAGAGAGACAGAUCCCGAUGAGUUUAUGUAUUGUUGUACGUACGGAUACGACUGGUCCAUGCCAACCUGUUGCAAAUAUCCGUUGCAUACCGGUUUGAUAUAUGCAAUGUAUGCUGGUGCAGUUAUUGUCGCAACUAUAUUGAUAUUUUUGAGUUGUUGGUUCUGCCCAAUAUGCCCUGUCGCGAGAAGAGUUAAUGAAGUGGCGAAAGAAAAGCAGACGCAGAAGGCACGUCAGCUGCAAAACAGAAUUGGUAAUCUUGAUGACGACUUCAAGCCAAGUUACUUCAGAUGA